AUGACCCAACCCUUCUUCCUCCUUCCUCCCCAACCCAAUUUAGGGUUUUCCCCAUCCCAUCCAAAUUCGCUGAGCGGGGAGAAGAUCUCUCCGCCAUUAAUCUGCCGCCCUUCCUUCAUCUUCUUCCUCUGUCAUUCCCAAUUCCAAAAUUUUGAAACAGCUUACCUCAUCGGCAACGACGGGACCGGGGGCGGCGCUAGGUCCGAGAGCCCCGACCGAGCAAGGAGGAAAGAAACUAUCAACAUUGAGACAUUUCUUCGCGCGGCCUGGAGAAUCGUCUCCUCGAUCGAGCAGAAGGAGGAAGGCAGGAAGAACGAGGAGCAUGUGGUGCUCGUCAAGGAUUACAGAUCUAAGGUGGAGAACGAGCUCUCCGAUGUCUGCGCUAGCAUUUUGAACUUGCUUGACUCGAAUCUGGUACCGUCCGCUGCCUCCAGCGAGUCCGAGGUGUUUUACUUGAAGAUGAAGGGAGAUUACCAUAGGUAUAUGGCCGAGUUCAAGGUUGGUGAUGAGAGGAAGACGGUUGUUGAAGAUACUAUGCUUGCUUAUAAGGCUGCUCAGGUAAGGAAGCUCUCUGUUUCACGAUUGGACUUCGAUUCAAUUGAAUUCGAUUGA